AUGACCACAGAUUCACCAGAUGAUAAUGUACUCACAUUUGUACUUUUCCAACUGAAGCAUGUCAAAUUAUACAAUCUACCCAUAAAUUUACUCAAACAGCUUAAAACCGGUAAUGGAAUUGAAGAACAAGUUGAGUGUAUCUGGUCAGGUACAAUCAAGCUAAUUCGAGAAAUCAAGCAGGAUAAUCUAGUGACUAUUAAGAAUGAAGAUGAGCAUCCACAUACCAUCCCUGCAUUUACUCACCAUCGAUUGAAAUUAGAAUACACCAAUAAUACAGAGCUAUGGGGUGAGACUUGGUAUGCACCUGUGAACAAACAUCUCAAAGCAGAAUUGGGAUUACAACCAGAUGAAGAAGACGUAGAUACGGAACUAGAGACGAAUAAAGUAAAGAUGGAACAAAUUGCAAGCAUUGCCAAUGAUGAGACCGAUACGAUUCGAGAACUUUCGUACGAAUUGGGGAUCGUUUCUACUCAGUGGUUUAGAGUUGUGGUGCAAUUACCUCAUUCCGGAUACCAUCCACUAAUAAGCGAUGGUACAGAGGAGAAGAUCUGCAAGAAUGUAGAGCAAAUUGCAUUACUUCUACGGUUCAAACAUGAUAUUGAUUCCGAAGAGUUUUUAGAACAAUUGGAAAAUUACAACAUGAGAUAUGAUCAUUUACAACGACAGUAUUAUUAUGAUAAAUGGGCAGAGAUUUUGGAUCAGGAUACAGUUCUGAAUGAUGGUGUUGAAUCUAAAGAGUCAGAAUUAGACACCGGUUGCGAGGACUUAAGUUUGACCGAUAAUGAAAAUAAUUACGAAGCCAAAGAUAAACAGAUGGGGGCUGAUCAAAGUUCGGAAAGUGAAGACGAUGAUUUUGGAGACUAUAUUAGUAAAUAA